UGACGUUUUCAUUUUUCAAAUAAAAAUUGUCAAAACUCAAAAAUACUAUUUUUUCAAUUUGUCAUUUUCAUCAUUCUUCAUUGGGAUUUGGGUUUAACGUAAUAAAGUUAAAUCUAAAUAGCCUCACCACAAAAAUGUUGAGCCGACCUCUAUUAAAACGAGCUCUAUUAUUGCGCACUUUAAAAAAUGCUGCUGAGAAAGCUCAGCAAGUAAGGAACGGACAUGGAGGAACAUGGGCGUACCGAGUUCCCCCGCCAAUGCCAUCCAAAAGGGAAGUAAUGCUCGCUCAAGGCCUGGGAGGACUCUGUUGGUACUGGAUCUUGUAUCACAUUGCAACCGAGCCUGAACACAUCUACGGUGAAUGGCCGUAUGUAGACCCAAGCACAUGGACCAAUGAGGAAUUGGGUAUUCCUGAUGACUCUGCCGGACCUCUGAAGAAAUAAAUUUAGAACAAUUAAUAAUGUAAAUGUAUAUUUAAUAAAAUUUGUUAGUUGAAA